AUGGAGAGUAGAAAAACUGGUGGGAAAUCGCAUAGAGACGAUCUGUCUUCUGAUAGUGAUUGUAUGUUUCAUUGUAAUUACCCUGGAUGUACAUACGAGACGAAUCGGUCGGCCCACUUAAAGCGCCAUGAGCGCACUCAUACGAAGGAGCGACCAUACAAGUGUCAGUUGUGUGAUUACUGUGCCUCGCGAUCCGAUCACUUGCGCCGCCACUAUAAGAUUCAUUCGAAGGUGGCUAAUUCUCGUGCUAUCAGUCACAUGCAACACAAAUCUGUUAGUUAUCCCCAGCCUCGUGCUGUUUGCGCUAUUCCUGUUAAAAGUACGGUUCCUGUGAACCCAUUGUAUGUACCUCAACCACUGGAUGAAGGAACCAUAUUGUUUUUACAGUUUAUCUACAAGCUCCGAUGUGAAGCAAUGAUGAUGCAUUCCUAGAUUCAACAUUGUGUUAGUGAUCUAGUUUACAUGUCUGUUUUCCUUUGUACAUGAAUGUGUACUUCCUUUCAUGCAUUUUGAAUAAGUGGCGCAAA